GGGAGUGAGCAGUCCCCGAAGAGCGAUGGGGGUCUUUUUCCCGCUGUUGGCGACGCGUGAGGAUAAAAUAAAAUCAGUUUUGUUUCUCUUUGAAACAUACAAGUACAACAGCAACAUUUUUGCAAUGUGUUAUAAAUAUUUAAAAAAAAAAAAGAAAUUUCAUAGAUUUCAAUGGGCUCCGAAGGACAUCCGGAAGUGCGGUAGAACCGCGCGGAGUUACAAGGCUUCAAGUCGAAGGUUCUUUGAAUCAACUAUGUGGGCUAGGAUAAUUAUUCUGUAUUUUACCUGGAAUUCAUUUAUUUUGACCUACGAAGAAACCACAACGAAAUACGAACCUCCCGCUGGCCACAAGCAUGCUCUAGGCGCUCACAUGAAGCCUUUAGGCGUGACGCUUAUUGGCAAAUUUUCAACUCCUUUAGUGUUUUAUAGUCAUUUUGUGAAAGCCAGCAAGCCUAUCCACAUGAAGUCAGUUCUUUUCGAUGCAGGCCAUCCUGGCCAGAGCUGGACAGAUGAAUAUCUCAGAGGGCAUUAUGGGAAAGAAAUGGUUCGUGUUGAACUGGGAAAAAAGGAGGUUCGAAGCCGUCGAGCUGAUUGGAUGAGACUAAGCCAGUUCUUGGACAGUUAUCCUCAUGAUGAUCUUUAUUUAGUUCACAGCCUUUCAGGAAUUAUGCUUGAUCUAGUCAAAGUACCACGGACCCUUCAGUGUGGUGGAUUCCAGCGGUUGUUGCAUGAAGCAGUAAUGUGGAUGGGCAGAGGUCCCCUCAGAUCAGUGCUGCACUAUGAUGAGCUUGACAACCUACUCUGUGUCAUAGAUGGGGUCAAAGAUGUUAUAUUGAUUGACCAGAUCUACAAAAAGAAAGUGGAAUCAAAAGGCUUUGAACAGGAAGGUCAUUACAGUUUGGUAGAUGUGGAGUCCGUAGACAUGUUCAAAUUUUCACAGUUCAGGGAGCUACCCUGGUAUCGUGUCCAUCUAGCUGCUGGAGACUGCCUUUACAUUCCAUACAAGUGGUAUCAUCAGGUCUCAUCAUUUGGUAAUCGCACCCUAGCAAUCAACCUCUGGUUCUCACAUCUAUGGCAGUUUGACGAUGAUUGUGAAAAGGACUCCUCUUUGUUGCUUCAACCUCUAAAGAAAUUUGGUUUUGCAUCAUCCAAUGAAGCUGUUAGAUCAAGAUGGUUAGAAGCAUUUAAAGAGAUGGAUGACGACUUACAGCUGGAUGAGUUUCUUAAGCAUUUCCAUCUGUUUCAAAAGAAGCAAAACAGCUUUUCUCAUUCAUUGACAGUGAUGGAGAUGAAUAUGUGACAUGGGAGGAACUGUAUGCUUUCAACAUUGACCGAGCUAUCCUGCUGUACCCAGGCGUAUUCAGUUUCAACACUUCACAGUCACCUAGCAGCCAUGGCACUGGUGCCCCAGCAGCACAGCCAGAGUUCA